CGCUGUCAUUCGGUUUUUGAUUCUUUCUUCACCUCAUUUUUUAUUCAUUACAAGCAUCGCCACAAGUAUAUUCAAAUAAAUUUCAACAACAACCCAUUCAUAGAAAGCGAUCUUAUUCUCACAUGUCUCAAACAAACGACGCCGCAAGCCAGGUUAUUGCCAAUAACAUGAAGCCAGUCCAGGUUAAGCUUGUUCUGCUUGGCGAGGCUGCUGUUGGAAAGUCGAGUCUUGUUCUUCGAUUCGUAAAUGACGAGUUUCAGGAGAACAAGGAGCCAACCAUUGGAGCUGCCUUUUUGACUCAAAAAUGCCGGCUGGAAGACAAGGUCAUCAAGUUUGAAAUCUGGGACACUGCCGGACAGGAGCGCUUUCACUCGCUUGCACCCAUGUACUAUAGGAAUGCCCAGGCUGCUGUGGUUGUUUACGAUGUCACUAAGGCUUCGUCACUCGAAAAGGCAAAGUCUUGGGUCAAAGAGUUGCAGAGACAGGCUAAUCCCAACAUUGUGAUUGCAUUGACGGGAAACAAGGUUGAUUUGGUCUCAACUGGACGAAAGGGUCGUAGGACAAGCGAGAGUGAUCAGGAUGAGGAGGAGGAGCAGGAGGCAAUGGAUUUGGAUGAAGAUGAAGAGGAUGAUGAAGAUUAUGGUAUUAGUCGUCAGGUCCCAACAGAAGAGGCGAGUGCGUAUGCACAAGAGGCUGGUUUGUUGUUCUUUGAGACAUCGGCCAAGAAUGGUGAAGGUGUUGCAGAGGUUUUCACGGAGAUUGCCAAAAAGAUUCCUCUAGAGCACAUUCUCUCAUCGACCCGUGGUUCUCGAGCUGGAGGUGUGGGUGGCAGUAAUGGACGUGUGGAUCUGCAGAAUGGCGCCAAUGGCCAGCGUUUGGGUGGGCAGCAAGACAAAGGAGGUUGUGCCUGCUAAAUGAAUUUAGAGCAUGUCUAUCUCAUUGGCUUUCAUUUCUUUCCUUUUUUUUUUUUUUUUUUGUAAAGUUGUCCAUUU